UAGCAGUAAAGACGAGUCGUCUUCACACACAUCUCUCUCUAUAUCAGUGUAAAAGCGUCACAGUCGAGCGCUGCAGCUCUUUCACUCUUCUCUGGUGGAGUGAAUGUACAUGAUGGAAAUAUCUGUGACGUUCCUCCUCACUGGAUGUCUGAUACAAGGAGUUUUCUGUGAUUUUAAUAUCAAUCUGCCGGAGAGAGUAGAAGCUCUAGAAGGAUCCUGUGUUUUCAUACCCUGCACAUUUGAUAUUAAACAAGACUUUAAAAAUGAUCUCACUGAUAGUGCAAAGAGAAUAUGGUAUAAAGGCUUAUGGUCUAAAAACAUAGCGUUUGACUCCAGUAGCCCCGACACUGGACUGUUAAGAGGAAAAAUAUUUGGCACUCCUACAGAGAAAAACUGCACCACCCGCUUCGAUAAUGUCAAGCAGAAAGAUAAUGGGUCAUAUUACUUCAGACUUGAAGGCAGCGGUGGAUUGCAAUAUAGCUACCUAAAAACUGAAAACCUAGUUCAAAUUUCCAUCAUAGAUUCUCCACCCAAACCCACAGUGAGUCUGUUGAAGGAUCAGCAGGAGGUGAAGAAGGUGAAGGAAGGAAGCUCUGUGAAUCUGCGCUGCUCAACUAAGAUCUUCUGUUCCUCUCGUCCAGCAGUUCUCACAUGGAGCUCGUCUCCUGAACACCUCCUCAAGGAGAUCGUCACACAACAUCAGCGUCAGAGCGAAACUGAGCUGAUCUCUGAUCUGAUCUUCACUGUAACUCACCGUCAUCAUUCAGCCACUUUCACCUGCACUGUAACACACCAGCUUCAGCAGAACAUCACAAAACAGGAGUCCCGUAAGCUACGUGUUCAGUAUGCUCCUAAAAACACAUCUGCACAUGUAAGUCCAUCUGGUUUUGUUCUGGAGGAUCGUUCAGUGACUCUGAGCUGCAGCAGUGAUGCAAACCCACCGGAGCUCAACUACACCUGGUACAGAGACACUGAAGAACACCUGAAACCAGUGCAGACCGGACAGAACCUGACCAUCAACAACAUCGACCCGACACACAGCGGACGAUACGUCUGUACAGCUCAGAACAAACACGGCGCUCAGAACGCAUCAGUGCUGCUGGACGUCCAGUAUGCUCCUAAAAACACAUCUGCACAUGUAAGUCCAUCUGGUUUUGUUCUGGAGAGUCGUUCAGUGACUCUGAGCUGCAGCAGUGAUGCAAACCCACCGGAGCUCAACUACACCUGGUACAGAGACACUGAAGAACACCUGAAACCAGUGCAGACCGGACAGAACCUGACCAUCAACAACACCGACCCGACACACAGCGGACGAUACGUCUGUACAGCUCAGAACAAAUACGGCGCUCAGAACGCAUCAGUGCUGCUGGACGUCCAGUAUGCUCCUAAAAGCACAUCUGCACAUGUAAGUCCAUCUGGUUUUGUUCUGGAGGGUCGUUCAGUGACUCUGAGCUGCAGCAGUGAUGCAAACCCACCGGAGCUCAACUACACCUGGUACAGAGACACUGAAGAACACCUGAAACCAGUGCAGACCGGACAGAACCUGACCAUCAACAACACCGACCCGACACACAGCGGACGAUACGUCUGUACAGCUCAGAACAAACAUGGCGCUCAGAACGCAUCAGUGCUGCUGGACGUCCAGUAUGCUCCUAAAAACACAUCUGCACAUGUAAGUCCAUCUGGUGUUGUUCUGGAGGGUCGUUCAGUGACUCUGAGCUGCAGCAGUGAUGCAAACCCGGUGAUCUACACCUGGUACAGAGACACUGAAGAACACCUGAAACCAGUGCAGACCGGACAGAACCUGACCAUCAACAACACCGACCCGACACACAGCGGACGAUACGUCUGUACAGCUCAGAACAAACACGGCGCUCAGAACGCAUCAGUGCUGCUGGACGUCCAGUUUGCACCCAAAAUCUCCAGCUCUUGUAACCUGAGCAGCGUAAUCACAUGUGUCUGUGAGGCUCAUGGGAAUCCCUCGCCUACACUAGAGUGGCGUCUAUCUGGAAAUGUUCUCGCUAACUCUACAAACACGUCCAUCAGCAGCGAAACUCCAGGAAACACAACCUUGAAGAGUGUCCUAAUCAUCCAUCAGCCCCUCACAGAAACGGCCGUCCUGCAGUGUUUCAGUAAAAACACUCACGGCACCGCCAGUGCCAGCACCAGAACCAGCCAACAGAUUCACCUCGUCACACCAACGGCAAAGACAGAGACAGGUUUCCAUCAUCCAUCUAUGCUGCUCGGAGCUGCUGUCGGCGCGUUAGCAAUGAUGCUCUUGUGCAUCAUGAAGAUCUGCUAUGAACGAAGAAAGAAUCCCAAAGCUUCAGGAACCAGACAAGACGACAGAUCUGGACUCAUUCUGACUCAAAUAGCCACUGCUUCUGAUGGUGACGACGAGUGUGUUUACGCCGUUACACAUAAACCACCAGAAUCUCCUCAUUAUUCCUCGAUUGACUUCACGAACGCAGAGCCGUCGUCAGGAGAGAUCAGGGGCAUUUCCUCACUGACCAAGGAAUAUGCUGUGGUCCGUCAUCGUUCUGCAGAAGACGCAGCAUCUGUGACGGACCCCAAGAAAGACCAAAGCCCACCAGAUAGUGGGGCGAAGAUCACUGAUGUGCCAUCAGAAGACUCGAUUUAUGAAAACAUGACCUGUCGCUUAGUUGUUUAAACAGGAACAGUUGCAUUGCGUCCAAAAUCAAAUACUUCCCUGCUAUAUAGUAUGCAAAAAACAGUACACCAAUACAGCAGUAUGUAAAACAAGUACACGGAUGACCUACUACUUCUGAAGUGCACAUUUGAUGAACACUUUACUAUCCCAUGAGACCACGGGAGAGGCAACGCAACUGAAGCUGUAGGUCACAUGACAGUGACAACAGGUCACAUGAUAGUGACAGUGCAGGUGUUGUUGAACAGUAAAGGUCUGUUCACAUUAACACUGUUUCUACACCGGACGUGACCGCUGUCGCUCGCUUCACAACAGCUAAAAGCCGUCUACACUGGAUGCGGCAAAGCGCCUGUUGCAAAGCAUUUGUUCUUCGUGUCAGUAUGUCAUAAAUAGAAAGAGGCAUCAGUUUACUGUCGGAGAUGUCGCUCGCGUCUUGCCGUAUCUAGUGUAGACAACAUUGCUGAUUAUAAUGGGUUCUAUUGUCUAAUAAUGUUUUUUUGUCACAUCCGGUGUAGACACGGUGUAAGGACGAUAACUAUAGCGAUAACCAUAAAGAUACGUAAGGUUUUUUAAAAAUAAUUUGAAAUGUAAAGCAAUAGCAGAAUACACACCACAACUAUAAUUUUGUAAAUGGCCUUUUUGAGUGGAAGGAAAAACAUGCUUAAACUUCUGAUAUUUCAUUUUUUGAGCACACACCCAAAGCAUGCGCACAGAAAGCUGGCUGUCAGACGGCACGUCACGUGAGUAUUAAACUAAUUUCUCUUUCAUGUCUUAUUGCACUUAAACUGUCAAAUACAUACAAGGUUAAGUAAAAAACACAAACACAGUCGGUUAUGUUUGUGAACAUAAACAGCAGGAAAGA